UACUAGACAUCCGGAAGUGUGAAACGCAGAGCCGUCGCCUUGAGCGUUUCGAAAGACUCAAACUGCGAAAGCACUCGAGACCCUUCUCGGAGUAAGACAGGAUGCUUCAGUGCGACGGAGAGCCAGGCGGACGGCCGCAGAGAUGAGUCCUGCUGCAUAUGCACAACAUGAGGCGCCUUCUUCUCUGGAUGCCGCUCGUGUUGUGGUUCAUUGAGGCAGUUAAAGGAGGACUGGAGGUGCCCCAAAAUGUGAGAAUACAUGCUGUGAACACUCGGUACGUCUUAAAAUGGGACUGGAUGUUACAAGGAGCCCACCAGAACGUCACCUUCACCGCAGGAUAUUUACUAAAAUCUAUCAGAAAAAAAAGUGGAUUCAUUUCAGUGUGUGAGCAUAUUAUGGAGACUCACUGCGAUUUCUGCAAGAUCCCUUUCCACUACAACGGCUUAUUUUACUUCCAAGUGCGAGCUGAAUGUGGAGAUGAAAAUUCAUCAUGGUCACAGAAAACGUUUGAACCCGAGGAGCACGCUGAGUUGGGCCCACCUUCUGAUGUUCACGUUGUUCCAGUAAACUACAUGCUGAAAGUGAACAUAACCGAUCCGAAGGACUGCAAUAACGCCUCGAUGCGACAGCACUUGUCCUUUUCAUACGUGAUAGUGUAUUGGAAUAAUGCAUCUGGUCUGAAGAAUGAAAGCAUUGUUACAAAACUUACCACCGUUGUGCUUUCCAACCUGGCACCGCACACCACCUACUGCCUGAAGGUGCAAAUCAUCAGUGACAGAUUCAACAAGACAAGUAACUUCAGUCGAGUUGCUUGCGAGAAGACAUUGGGUGACGAUGACACUCCAAGUGGGCUAAACCUGACCUUCAUCCUGCCUCUGCUCUUCCUGUGUGGCCCUCCUCCUCUCUUAUAUUUACUUUUCAAAGUGAUCAAAUACGUCUUCUUUCCAUCCCGGCAGACUCCGGUCUUUAUCAAGGAGUUUCCAAAUGGAUCAAUGCACAUGUUCAUGUUGGCCCGUGCAGAAAGUGUGCAAGUCCUGUAUUUUGAUGGCAUAGAUCCCGUUCCUGAGGAAAUGGCCGAACAUGCACCCUGCACACUGCUGGCAGUCCCCGUGUUGCUGCCCCAAACGCUCAGACAGAACAGCAGCGACUCUGGCAUCUACUCGAUGGAGGAGACUUCAGGUGGGGUCUCAAAUGAGAAGCUCGAGCACACAUUCAGUGAGCCACAACUACUAAACAGAUCACCGCUUUAUGAGCCUGCUUGAUGAGGGCCAUUAAAGGCCCGUGGGAUGACAUCCGCUAGUCUUUGGAGGCAGACACAUGACGAUACUUUGUAGGAAAGGUCAAGUUGGCCAGCGCUGGCACGUUGAGUGCACAUGGUCAUCUGCUGUAUAUACUGGCGCUGACUGUGCCCAAUAGGAGGACCGAUGUUGCCAGUGUUACUUUGAUGCAAAGCCAUCAGCUUGAUGGCCGUGAACUUGGUGUGCACACAGACGUGCCUACGAAGACAACAGCCCAGCCUCUGGAUGUGCUGCUGCUUAUUAUUAUUUUGAUGUCACACUCCUGUGGUUUCAGGCAUUUUUUAAAGGGGACACUUAGAGUGACUUGACAUUAAUUUAGCUGCUUCACUCAAACGAUAUCUAAUUAUUCACAGAAUUACUUCACAUCACGUCAAAAAUGAACAUACAUUAACGUACAUUAACAAUCUACUGCAGGUCCUGCCACUUUAGAUUGAGCAAACUCCACAUGGACGAUGACUGACCGUGGGAUUCACAAAACUUAAAAGCAGGCCUGACAGAUGUCAGUAGGCCUUAACCAACACAAACUCGAGAAGCAGGCUUUCUGGCCUGCAAACCCAAAUCUUAAGAGAUCUCAAAAUGGAACACAAGAGCCAUGAAAGUGAUGGCACAAAAGGAUGAAAGCAGAAUUUCUAAGUAAUUGUAAAGGUUACCUUGAAAAAGAUUUCAUAAGAAAAAUGGCGCAUUUUGUAGGAGACCGUAUUGAAAAACAAGAGCAGAGAUACAGUAAACUUCAAAAAUUGUAAGAGAAUGGAAUAAGAAGAGAAAAAUGUGAGCAAAAGCUAAAGCCCCAGCAAAGCUAUGGAGGCCGACCAGGCAUUCACUUGUGCUGCUCAACUGCACCCGUCCGUUGUUUCUGUCACUCCAUGAAUUGUAAGCUGCAGCCUGCCGUGCAGCAAUGGAGAAUCUGAAAGUGUUGUGAAUUCACCUUCAUUUGUAUCCCGUGUGUGGACGAAAGUCGAGAACAACAACAGGAGACAAAAACACCAAUUUAAAAUAAAAAGCAAUUUCUUUAUUCUUGGUGAGAAGAGAGGCUGUGCCCGCCUGCCAGCUCAAGUUGCUACUGACUGGUCAGAUCAGACAACCCGCUCAAAAAAGGAAGUUCGCUCAGUUUUAUACCAGUCUGUUUACUAAACAAAAAGAAAAAGUGUGUCCGUUCAAUGUGAGCUCACGCAGAGUUUGCAAUUAGCUUAAGAUGACCCAUUAAAUCCGUACGUGCAGAAGUACACGGUAGUCUGCAUGCCCAAAGUCCCAGGUUCCCCAUCCAAAUUAGGCUGUGCAGUUCAGCUAUGGCUAGUUUUACAGAGACAGCACUUUACAAAACCACGUACUUCUCUAUUCUUCUGCACCAUCAGGUUGUGGCAGUUACAAUUUAAGAAUCUUUUCUCGGCUUAUAAAAGGAUUAAUGUUAUACUGUCGGUUAAUGCACAGCACAUUCUUAUUAUACCUUACAUUUCAGUUAAUAAUGUUUUUUCUUUCUCUCGUGUUUCUGUCGUCACAGGGAGUGAGUGGCGGCUGACGUUUGUGAUCCUGGCCUGCUUUCAACAGUAGUGUCCUGUUCUGUCCCGCUUGUGGUGGUGUUUGACCAACACGGACUCUAAAGCCUUGUGUGGUCGUGUUGUUGAGGCUUUCUCUGUCUACUCAUUCCCUUAAUGCCCCUUCUUGUUUCAGUGUGAUGUGACCCGUUGUCCAGUGGACGAGUGUCCUCAGUGACAGGUGCUGUUGUCCCCAGGUGUCACUCAUGUAUUGCUUGCUCCAUUUCUUGCUCACACUCAGUCAAACUUUUUCUUCACAAUGAGUACCUGGUAGACGGACCUCCGCUGUCCCAUAGUCAGCCCUCCGAGGGUCACCUAUUUGCAGUGUGUGCCCAGUAAGGACAGAGGUGCCACUCCCAUGGCUGUUUUAGGUGGUCAUUUUGUUGGCUUUUCUGUGAUUAUUUAACGCUGAGCCCCAGUCGUCCUGUGUGUUAGUGACGUCAUCACGCUGCAUUUGUGUACCUGAUAUUACACUUUGU